AACCUAUAUACUCGGCUGAUUACACCCUCCCCCAAAUGCGUGUUAUUCUCGCGAGUAAGAGAGAGAGACAGCCAGAAAAUCUGCAACAACCAGUAGUCUAUAUAUGCUGCAACAGCAAGCUAACGUAGGUAUAAACCCGUGCUGCAAGUUGACACUUAGUCGUCAUCAUCAUCAUCAUCAUCGUCGUCGCUGAGUCUCUGAGCGUAAAUAAACGGUGAUCCGCCCAGAUGCGACGUCUGUCCGGGAGUCGAGGCCGCACUUGACCUAAGGAAUAAGGGAUAGGGACAGCCCUCGAGUCUCUCUUUUUCACGCCUGCAUCGCGAGCAUUGCGCAACGCUGCACGUUUUUCCUGCAGCGAGGAGAACAGCUAGCGAGAAAAGCCGAGAGAGGAAAAACUGGCGAAUCGAGAAAUGGUUAGUACCUAUAUGCCGUUUAUUACUUGUACACGUACGGAUGGCUACGAUGUCUCGAGCGCGUAGGAACUGAUAAGGCCGCGAUUAGGGAGCUUAUAUUUAGAAUUGCGCCUGUGUUUACGCCCAAUGCUAGGCUGAUAGGAGAUAAUUAGAUAUUAGUACCUCCUCCUCUAGGAAGAGGCUGAACUGAAUGAAGAUUAGCUGCUAUGUGGACUAUUGAUAUGGUGAAUGGAGUUUUUGGAGCACAAUGACUACUUAUGAUUCAUCGAUUGUUUUAAAUGAAUAUAGAUGCUCUUUCGUUUGGAACCUUAACUUUGGACUUGUUAUCAAUGUCAGAGUAUACAGGAACAAGGAGAUUUAGAUGAACUUUUAAGAGUGGGAAUUCUUUUUGAUAUGGUGAAUGUUAUCCAGACGGAGAAUGCAGUUGUUAUCAUUCUGUUUCAUUAUCAUAUACAUUGUAUUGUAAUGCCUGAUUUGAUAAGGCUUUAAUGCCACUGUGAAUUCAAAUUGGAAAUUUGCUUUAGAAUAGAGAAGUUUUAUAACGAUGACGAUGACCAGUACCAGUCUGGCUACGAUGUGGGUUCCUUUCCAAAAGAUUUUGGAUAUACGCCUUUCGAUGGUGAUGGCGAUGGCUCUGCAGGUCCACUGACUGGAGAUCAAAAACCUAGAAUAUUGCUGAUGGGUCUUAGACGAAGCGGUAAAUCGUCAAUACAAAAAGUUGUCUUUCACAAAAUGUCACCAAAUGAGACCUUGUUCCUGGAGAGCACAAAUAAAAUCAUCAAGGAUGAUAUCUGCAACUCAAGCUUUGUACAGUUUCAAAUUUGGGACUUUCCUGGACAGAUAGACUUUUUUGAUCCUACAUUUGACAGUGACAUGAUCUUUGGAGGAUGUGGAGCCUUGGUUUUUGUCAUUGAUGCACAGGAUGAUUACAUGGAAGCUCUAAACAAACUGCACCUGACUGUUACAAAGGCAUACAAAGUUAAUCAAGCUAUAAAGUUUGAAGUUUUUAUACACAAAGUUGAUGGGCUAUCUGAUGAUUACAAAAUGGAAACUCAGAGGGACAUCCAUACAAGAGCAAAUGAUGAUUUGAUUGAUUCCGGUUGCGAUCAGAUACAUCUAAGCUUUCACUUAACGUCAAUUUAUGACCACAGUAUAUUUGAAGCAUUUAGCAAAGUUGUACAGAAAUUGAUUCCGCAGUUACCAACGUUGGAAAAUUUAUUGAAUAUACUUAUCUCAAACUCAGCAAUAGAAAAGGCCUUUCUUUUCGACGUUGUUUCGAAAAUAUAUAUUGCGACGGACAGUUCACCCGUUGAUAUGCAAAGUUAUGAACUCUGCUGUGAUAUGAUUGAUGUUGUAAUCGACGUGUCUUGUAUAUAUGGAUUGAGGGAGGAAGUAGAAGCAGCGGCGUUCGAUAGUCAAAGCUCUAGUUUAAUUAAGUUAAACAAUGGAACGAUUUUGUACUUGAGAGAAGUAAACAAAUUCCUCGCGCUCGUUUGCAUUUUAAGAGAGGAUAACUUUGAUAGACAAGGCGUCAUCGACUACAACUUCCUAUGCUUCCGGAACGCGAUCCAGCAGGUGUUCGAGUUGCGUAAUAAAGCUUUGGCCGCAGCGACCAGCAACAACACUACCGGUAUCAGCUCUAACAACCAUUCGACUUCACCCGUGAGCAACAACCUUUCCGAACCUAGGCCAAGCAGCUCGCUAGCUGGUGGUUCUCAACCAUUAAUGCCGACGACGCAGCCGACGACCAGUGCGGCGGGCAACAGCAGCGGCUCUCUCACUCAGAAUGGCACCGCCGUGCUGGCGCAGAGCUAACCAAGCGAGCAUUGCGCUGCUGAGUUUGCCCAGUUCGAUUUUUUGGGCAGAGAGACUUUCUGAAGAAUCGUAUAUUUUUCUAAACAAAGCUGAGCGAUAAAAUUGCUGGUUUGGUUCCGGUAGGGAUAUUAGAUUUGAAAUUGAUAAGGAUGUUUAAUUUUUGUUUUUUUUUAGAAAAAUUUGGGACUCGUACAAACGAUCAAAAUCAUAAUUUGGGUUACAUUUUCACUUGUAAAUAUAAACUAAGAAUACUUGCGAUGAUUGAUGCAAAUUUGAUUGUUAAUAAGGAUGUGAACCAACUGAGAAAUCAUGGCAUAUUAAUAUCUUCGCUCUGUGAGAAUUGACUUACAUCUCUGAGCCUACAAAAUGCUAGAAUUGCAGACGCAGUCGUUGAUAAGACUUUUAAUCUCUGUCGGCCUAAGACGCUUUAAUGCUUCAAGGCCAGUAAGAAGAAAGGAAUUCGACGAAUAGUCAUCACAGGUCACUUUUGUUUGAGGCAUUUUCCUUUCCCGGUAUAAAUGCGACGUAGAGAAUCUCUUGCCCUAUAGAGACGUGUAGAAAGAAAAGGAUGAAAAUUUACGAUAUGUGCUAUAUAUGUGUACACUACUUGUAACGAUAUCAAAUGUAACUAAUAUGAAGAUAAAAGAAAAAAAAUUGUAUAUAUAUAACUAUAACAUAGUGUGUUGAGCUAUUUUAGUUUGUGCAGAAAACGAGAAAGAAAUCUUGACGACGAGUUUUUACUUCAAAAGUCGUUGUCGUCGUCGAGUCUCGAUUCCUCCACGACCUCGGACAGGACUUCGUUGACGAUCGACGAUGAAGAGUCGUAAGCAUCGAGCAGCUCCUUACGCCGGUACCAAUGCAAGUAUGCAAAGGCUCGCUCGUACUCGUUUUGGGUUCGAGGAUCAAGACUGAAAUCGCGGCGAAUUGAAUUAUUUUUGUGUAGAUUAUUUAUACGCCUGGAGCUUCGAUUGGUAAUUAGAACGAUAUGGUUAACUUUCAUUCGCGGAUUGAAUUGUGUUAGCAAUGAUAUGAUUGAACAUUUAUGUAGAUACCAGCAAGCCUAAGGAUUUUACAAUUAAAUCAAAAUUAUUACAGCUCGACAAACUCGUUGAGUAAUUUAUGAGUAGAUUAGUUUACAAUUUGUAAUUACGUUUACAUUGUUAAUUUUUACUAAUACAAAGAUGCAGGAGUAAACAUCAAAUUAUUGAGCAUUUGUACAAUUCCUUUAUAGAAAAAAACUUAAAUUUUUAUAUUUGUUUGUCUGAGAAAAAAA